UAUAUUAUUCGAUAUCAUUUACUUGUUCAUGCAUUUAUUUGUCUGAUUCCAAGAGGCACAAGAAGAAGACCUCAUUGCAGCUUCACACCUUACAAUGGCAUCGUAUGGCGCCUUCCGGUGGAAAACUGUUAUUGUUGCUUUGUUGGCUGUCUUUCUUUCUGGAGCCAAUAGUGCUGAUAUCUUUCUAGAAUGGGUUGUUGCUGUUGACACGACGAUCAACCCCUUUACUUCAUCUCAGCCUGUUAUCACCAUCAAUGGAAUGUUUCCAGGACCCCUUAUCAAUGCCACGACUAAUGAUGUUGUUCAUGUGAACGUAUUCAACAAUAUGGAUGAGCCACUACUCAUUACAUGGAGUGGCAUACAGCAGAGGCUUAAUUCAUGGCAAGACGGAGUUUCUGGAACUAACUGCCCAAUUCAAGCAGGAACAAACUGGACAUAUGUGUUUCAGACGAAAGAUCAGAUUGGAACUUUUACGUACUUUCCAUCAAUCAAUUAUCAAAAGGUUGCUGGAGGCUUUGGACCACUAAGAAUAAAUAACCGGAUUGUCAUCAAUGUUCCUUUCCCGAAACCAGAAGCAGAAUUUGAUCUUCUCAUUGGUGACUGGUUUGUUACGGACUACAAGGUACUGAGAUCUGCGGUGGAAAGCAGUCUAAUGUCAUCUGCUAACGUUCCAGAUGUUCUUUUGAUGAAUGGUAAAGGGCCUUAUGGGAACACGAGUACAAAAAGUUCCGAGUCAUUCACGGUAACAAAAGGAAAAACUUACAGAUUUAGAGUAGCGAACGUCGGGACAACAUUGAGUUUUAACUUCAGGAUACAGAACCAUCAAAUGGUGGUAGUCGAAACAGAAGGUUCUUAUACUAGUCAGAUCACAUUAGACUCUCUUGAUGUGCACGUUGGCCAGUCCUAUUCAGUUCUUGUCACAGCCAAUCAAGAUGAUGCUGAUUACAACAUUGUCGCUUCCCCAAAAAUGCUUAACACCACAGAUGACAGUGCCCUCGUGGCAAAAGGGGUGCUACAUUAUUCUAACUCUGCCUCGUCGGUUAGCAGCACUCUUCCCAGUGGCCCUGAUCCAUUCGACGUAGAUUUUUCUGUAGAACAAGCAAAAAGUAUCAGGUGGAAUAUGACUGCUGGUGCUGCAAGGCCAAAUCCACAAGGAACUUUCAACGUAACAAAUGUAACUCUGUCACAAACCUUUAUCCUUGAGGGAUCAAUCUCUAACAUCAACGGAGAUCCUCGCUAUGUAGUGAACAAUGUAUCGUACUUUACACCGAAUACACCAGUAAAACUUGCAGAUUACUUUGUCAACGGAACUGGUGUUUACACCCUUGAUGAGUUUCCUGUCGACUCUGUCAGUAAUGCUGCUGUAUAUGGGGUUUUUGUUGCUACUGGAAUUCACAAAGGCUGGCAUGAAAUUGUUUUCAGGAAUAACCUAAAUGUCAUGGAUUCUUGGCAUCUGGAUGGUUUCGGAUUCUACGUGGUUGGGUUUGGAGACGGAGAAUGGACAUCAGACUCGCGGAGCACCUACAAUCUCUUUGAUCCAGUUGUUCGUUCCACGGUUCAAGUCUACCCUGGAGGAUGGACUGCAGUUUACACAUUUCUGGACAAUCCAGGAAUGUGGAACUUAAGAUCACAACACAUGAAGCACUGGUACAGCGGUGAAGAACUCUAUAUCAGAGUUCAUAACAACGAUCCUAACCCUGCCAAAGAACAACCACCACCUCAAAACCUUCUUCUCUGUGGAAUUUUGAGUGAUGCAUUUGCUCCAGCACCAGCAGUACAGAGUGGAGCAUGAGAAAAUGUUUUCCAUGGACAGAUUAAUAAUACAUUAUACUACAACUUAUGCUAAUUCUGCUCCCCCAUGAGCUUACAAAUUCUGUAUUUUUUAACAAUGCAUAUACAACAUUUAUAAGACAAAGAAGUAGUUGGAAUAAA